AUGAGCGGCGCAGGUGAAGACAGAUGGCGCGGGCCAGCUCGCCAGUCAUCACAACGCCAGUCAGGCAAUGGAAACCGUGACAAGACGGGGGGCCAAGGGGGUCAUCGCGGUGGUAAUUCAUCCUGGGGUGCUGCUAGUCCAGCGCAGGAUCAGCAUGUACCUGUUCGAGGGUUCAAUGCUGUCGAGGCUAAGAAUGUUCUGAAGAAAGGCCCUAAUGAACCGAAAGCACCCUUCUACAAGCCAGCUGGCAAAGACACGAACAACCAGCGAUCAGGUGGCCCAUGGGGCUCGAAAUCAAACACAAUGGCGAAUGGCAAAGACUUCUUUAUUGAGCUUCGGAAGCAAAUCGCCUCCCUCCAACGCGGUGGCCCUCCCGUCGGCGGUUGA